GUUUCACUGGAGUCUGUGGUGCAAUCUGGAAGCUACUCAAUCACAUUCCCAGACCCUGGAAUUGAGUGUACAGCAAACAUGGAAAACGACGAUGAAGGUAUCUUCCAUUACGAGCACGUUUCUCAGGUGCCAAAAUCCAUCGAGAAGUACUGGUGGCAGCGCCAUGACAUCUUCUCGAAGUAUGACGAGGGAGUCUGGAUGACUGAUGAUGCAUGGUUUGGCGUUACACCCGAGCCAGUAGCUAUGAAGGUCGCCGAACACAUCGCCGCAGCCGCGCCGCCGUCUAAAAAAUACAUCAUUGAUGCAUUUGCUGGCGCUGGCGGAAAUGCCAUGGCCUUCGCACGGACAGGUCGAUGGGAUCGUGUUUUCGCUGUAGAGUUGGAUCCGCAUGUAUUGAAAUGCGCUAAGAAUAACGCUGCAGUGUAUGGAGUGGAUGACAAGAUUACGUGGAGACAUGGAGACUGCUUUGACGUUAUUGAGAAGUGCUUUCAGAAAAUCCUUCCUGAAGCUGUUAUCUUUGCAAGCCCGCCUUGGGGAGGUCCAUCAUACAUGGCUGAUGAUAUCUUCGAUCUUAGUACCAUGGAACCUUAUUCUCUGUCGGAUAUAUACAACCCCUUUGCGAAAGUGGCCAGAGACAUUGCACUGUACCUACCACGGACAUCUAACCUCAAUCAACUGGCCACGCACGUGACCAAGGAUACGAAAGUUCAGGUCACGCAUUACUGUAUGAAGGGAGCUAGCAAGGCACUUGUUGUCUACUAUGGCGACUUCACUUUCGACGCAGCAGGACCUACCUGAAGUAACUUUGAAGGUCCUGUUCGAGGGGGCAUUGUCUCAGUGGUUUGGAAGACUUCGUAACUUUGGCAACUCUAUUCACCGGGAUUAUAGUCUACCGAUGACACGCAUCGUAGUGUAUGGUCGUGCUGCCUGUAUGUCGAUUGUGACAACUGGAGACGUCGCAACGGAAGGAAUGUACCGAUAGCCUGCAGAUUGGUUUGAUAGUGAGGACAAAUGAGCUAGACUUGAAGCAGCAUCGACGUGGAC